UAUCAUACGUAGCAAGGAUUGUGAGGUUUGUGAAAAGGAUUUAUGAAACCCUAUUAUAUUAUUAUACAAACCUUUAUUAUAACAUGAAGAAUGUACAAUAAUUAGAACAUCAGAGUAACAUAGGGAACCCAAUAAAGAAAUUUACAUGAAUCAUACUAAAUAAUCUCUUUUCUUUACUGGAAUUAUUGGUAAUAUUGAUGAUUUGCAGGUUAGUAUACACUGUGCCAUAUUUUAUGCAUUUUACAGACUUACAAAAAUAUCAUUCUAUGCCAAAUUGACCUUAAAAUUAGAGAAUCAUAGGCUAACUUGGCCCAAGGCUAGCUUAACCAAUAGUAGUGUUUUGAUUCCAAAAUUAGCCUAGGCAGAUAUGAACUUAGCCUAUCUCAGACAAUAUUUGCCAGAAGCAAGACUCGAACAUGACAAGGGGUUUGGACUGAAAUUAUGAUUUUUGAUGGAAAAAAAUCUGUAUGCUGCUUGCUUCAGCCUCCAUGACAUUGUAUAUUGUUUGUUACUGAGGAAAACAUUAAUAUACCUGUGUACCAAUGUAACCCCAGUGCACUUCCUAUGUAUUUAUAAUAAUCAGUUUCUUUAUCUUGCAGAUAAUUCGUGAAGCAUCAAAUGCAGACUUAGUGAGAGGUCCUUGGAAAUUAAAGUUACAGUCCAUAAUUGUCAAAAAGGAACUAUUUUUUUGUCUUGUUGGAAGCUUGUUAAGACUGUUGUACUUUUUAUUUUUCUAUUCUCCCUCAGAAGAACCUUCCUUCCUUCGACAGUUUUGAUUAGCAUCAGGAUUUUGGGAAAUGCAUGUUGUUUAAUGGUACUACAUGGAACUUUACCAAUAGCAACUCUUGAAGUGUUUGAGACAACAGUGAAUUAUUGAACGCAGGUUUAACAAAUUUAAACAAGUAAAAGUUGUUUUGAAUAUUAGAUUCAUACAUCAGCAGUGAAAUCUGGUUGUAAUCCUUCAAGAUAUUGUACAUAAUUUUUAACAUAUUUAUUCAGUAAUUAUUUGUAAACAAUUUUAUGUUAAGAGUUGUGAAUUGAACACAUUGGUAUACAGAACAGGACAGAACAUAAGGCUAAAAUGAAUCCAGAACAUUCUUUAGAAUUUCCUUUGAAAAGUGAAACUGAAGGUGCAUUAUCACUACCUUCCAUAAAUCAAGAAAACAGCAACAUGGCUGCCAUUAGUGGAACCAGUGAUGGAGACUUUUUGUCUCUGGAUCCAUUGAUGGACAUCAAAAUAGAGCCAGAGGAUCCAUUGAUGGACAUCAAAAUAGAGCCAGAGGAAUUCUAUGAAUCUAAUGAAGAUGAUGAAUAUCCAUAUGAAAUGAAUUCAACAGUGAAUGAAAAACAUCCACAAACUUGCAAAAAGGAAGUAAAACAAGAAAGAAGGAAUAGUCACAAUGGAGAGAAGCUUUUCAGAUCCACUGACCGUGAAAAAUCAUUUUACAAGAAUAUUAAUCUUACAAGUGAUAUCACAAAUCCUACCAGAGAGAAAUUCAUGUGCAAUGACUGUGGGAAAGCAUUUUCCUUGAAAGGUAAACUUACAAAUCAUAUGAGAAUCCACACUGGGGAGAAUCUAUUCAUAUGCAACGAAUGUGGGAAAGCAUUUUCCCAGAAAUCACAUCUUACAGAUCAUACGAGAAUCCAUAAUGGAGAAAAGCCAUUCAUAUGCAAAGAAUGUGGGAAAGCAUUUUCCUUGAAACGUAAUCUUAUAGCUCAUGUGAAACUCCAUACUGGAGAGAAGCCAUUUAUGUGCAAAGAAUGUGGAAAAGCAUUUUCCCGCAAAACACAUCUUACACUUCAUAUGAGAUUGCAUACUGGAGAGAAGCCAUUCCUGUGCAAUGAAUGUGGGAAAGCAUUUUCCAAGAAACCACAUCUUACACUUCAUGUGAGAAUCCAUACCGGAGAAAAGCCAUUCAUAUGCAAGGAAUGUGGGAAAGCAUUUUCCCACAAACCAAAUCUUACACUUCACAUGAGACUUCAUACUGGAGAGAAGCCAUUUAUGUGCAAAGAAUGUGGGAAAUCAUUUUCCCAGAAAUCAAAUCUUACACUUCAUAUGAGAAUCCGCACUGGAGAGAAGCCAUUCAUGUGCAACGAAUGUGGGAAAGCAUUUUACCAGAAAUCAAGUCUUACACGUCAUAUGAGAAUCCACAUUGGAGAGAAUCUAUUCAUGUGCAAGGAAUGUGGGAAAGCAUUUCCCAGGAAAGAUAAACUUACAAUUCAUAUGAGAGUCCAUACCAGAGAGAAGCCAUUCAUGUGCAAUGAAUGCAGGAAAGCAUUUUCCAAUAAAUCAAGUCUUACACGUCAUAUGAGCUUGCAUACUGGAGAGGAAAAAGAAACAAAAUGAUAAAAUAAACCAGUUAAGGGCAGAGAUCUCUCAAAUGACCAACUAUAUGAGAGAUCAAAAUCACUCACAAAAUCUGCUCAAGAAAAUUAGGAAAAUAAAGAAAAAUACAAAAUAGGGAUGAACAAGUGAGUGUUAAACUGGCAGAACACCAAACCAAUAUAAAGGCCCUAGCUUCGCAAAUAGGAAACAAACAACAGAAGAUAAAAGUAAAACAAAUAAGUAGGCAGUUUGGUGAAAAUUCAAAGAUUGUGUAUAGGAAGAUGACAAAAGAAACAGUUGAGGUACGAACACCACCGAGCAAGGAAGACCUAGAGAAAUUUUGGAAGCCAUUGAUUGAAGACCCUAGACAACACCAAGAGAAUUCAUGGAUUGACACCAUUAGGCAGAAGAACAACCAGAAAUAGCAAAUGCCACCAAUAAGGUUCACCAUCGAAAAAGUAACAAAACUAUAAGCAUAUAAUAAUUUCAAGACACCAGGAAUAGACAAGAUCUGAAAUUUCUGGCUAAAAAUGAUCACAGCACUACACCACACUUAUAUGCAAGCCUUUUCAAGAAUAGUAAAAGGAGAAGAACCACCAGAGUGGCUCACAACAGGAAGCACCAACCUUCUCCCUAAAAAUAUAGGUCCAUCUGCUGCCUACCAACAACAUACAAAUGGCUCACAGGAGUCAUAGCAGACGAGAUCUAUGAACAACUAGAUCAAGGCAAAUAUAUGGAAAAAGAACAAAAGGGAUGCACAAGAAACAAACUAGGUAAUAAAUAUCAACUGCUAAUAAACAAAACAAUAUUAGAAGAUUGUAAGAAAAGACAAAGGUAGAGGAAGGCAUGUUUGUUGAAGACCUGAUAGAGGAGUCUGCAUAUAAGAACAUGGGAAUACAAGAAAACAGUGGCAUGGAACACAAGAAAAAGAGAUAAAAGAUGAAGAAAAAAUACAUCAGCCACUUAAAGAAGAUCUGUAAUUCAGAACUAACACCAAAGAACAAUAUCACUGCCAUAACCCAGCUGAUGAUACCAGUGGUGACUUAUGGUUUUGGUAUUGUAGAUGGACAUUAAAACCAGGAAGAUUCUGACCCUACAUAAAUUCACAUAUAGACACCAGUGUAUGGACAGAAUGUACCUCCUUCACAGAGAAGGUGGAUUAGGCCUGACUGAGAUCAACCAGGCCUACAGAGCACCAAUAGUAAGUCAAGAGUAGUACUUAAAAAGUUCUGAGGAUGGAAACAUCAAAAAGGUUGCCCAACACCACAGGCUAAGAACUUCGCAGGAGAUCUGAACAGACGCAAGCAAAAAUGAUAGCCAGGAAGACCAGGCAGAAAUACAGUCAGGGAGAGAAGAAACUUAGAAUGGAAAGGUAGAAAGACAAUGGAAGUGCAGAAAGAUUUCAAGAAGAACUGGACAAAAAAGUUGAAUUGACAACGAAGAAUCACUUAGAUGGAUAAGAAAUGGAGAUCUAGGUUAUGAUGGAGAAAGUAUGAUAAUAGGAGCACAAAAUCAAGACCUAACAAACAGCUUCCAGAAAAUGCCAGGCAUAUCAGCAAAUGACCAGUGUAGGUUUUGUCUGCAGCGGUUAGAGUACGAAUUAUCUGAUAUCAGCCUGCCAGACCAGGUCUCACAGCCCACCACAACAAAAUAUGUAAAGAAUACAGAAUUGAAGUGAAAGGAAAAGUGUGGGAGCAUGAACCACAUCCAAUCACCUCCAAUAGGGCUGUUGCCAUCUUUUAUGACAAGGAAAUUCCAACAGGAAGAUAUAUAUAGAAGGAGGUGCUAUGAGACUUGAUAUUGUGAUCUGGAACAAGGAGAAAUAAACAGCAAAGAUUAUAGAUGUGACAGUACCCAGUGACUUUGGCCUCAAUAGAGCUGAAAGGCAUAAAAUAACAAAAUACCAAGACCUGAAGAGUGACCUGAAAAGCACAUGGGAACUGAAGGAAAUAAAAAAAAAAUACCUUUAGUGGUAAGAGCAACAGGUCUUUUAAAGAAAAAUCUGAGAAAAUAUUUUCAUGGUAUACAAAGUUGCCCAGUAUAAAUGAUGUGCAGAUUGCUGCCCUCAAAGCAAUGGUAAACACCUUAAAACGAGCCCUUGGAUAUAAGGCUAGUGGAAUAUAAAGGUGCAAAUAUAGACCCCAGGCUGGGGCCCAUUGCACCCCAGAUAUAAAUUGAAAAUUAGAAUAACAUAAGCGAAAGAGAAACCAUUUAGUUGCUCUACAUGUCAAAAAAGUUUUUCUCAACCAAGUCCUCUCAAAAGACCCGAGAAUUCACACUAGACAGAAACUGUUUACUUGAUCUGUGUCCAAGUAGUUUUUGUUACAUGAUUUUAUUUAACUUGACGCCUGCGUCUGUUUUGAAUGAAGGUGUCGCAAAAGGUGUGUAAAAACUCCUGCUAGAAAGAAGUCAUAUCCUGUAUCUGCACUUGGUUUCUGAGAAGUCUUUUUUUUUCAUUAGGUUCAUCUUAGAAUGAAUAUGUUAACUCAGAAGAAAGACGUCAUUCUUCCACACGAUGUGCAUAGAAACAGUUUUUCUCUUGUAGAUUCAUAACAUAUGUGAGCACUCAUGAAGGAUAGAUAGUUCUUUUACACUGCAUGUUGUACUUUUAUCUUGUAUUCUGCAAAUCACAGUCAUUGGUUCUGAAUGCCAGACUGUUUUUCAGGUGUCAAAAUGCACAAGCAAAGUCACUCAUCAGAGAGGAUUUUCAGUUGCACUGACAGAUUUGUUAAUGUUUUGCACUCCAAAGUAAGUUGCACUUGAUGUUGAGAUAAUUACCGUGAACUUGUCUGCAAAAUCUAUAGAAAAGAAAGGCAACAGCAACCUAAGGGACGAUAAAAAGAAAAACCUCAUUUAUAUUUUUAUGAUCCAAUUCUUGACCAACAUCAUUGCUGUUACUCAAAGAAGAGAAGGAGAAUCUGGAGGAGGGUCUCACUGAAAAUGCAGAUGAAGGCUCUUCAUUUGCAGAGUCUUUAUUAGAAGUCAAGGCAGAGCCAAAGUAUUUUGGCCAGAGUGAAUUUGAUGCAAAAUGGCUGUGUAACGUUUAUGCAAAGGUAAAAUAAAUUACUUUUAAUUUUUCUCUUACAAUUGUUCUCAAUGAACACUGUACAGUGCUAGGUUAAGAAAUUUUCCUUUGCCUUCUCCACUUUUCUUGGUCCUGUGUAUUUUUUCAAUGAUUUCCAAAUAAAGAAUUAGUAUUGUCUUUAGCUGACAUGGUUUUCUUCCUUUUGUUA